AACUAACCUCAUGACUAACCUCACUCUCGAUGGAAUUUGAAAAUUAGAAGAGGAUAAAGUAAACAUAAAAUGAAAAUAUAGAAAUAUAAAAUAAAAUAAUAGAAUAUUGUAUUAUACCAUUAUGAACUAACUACUGUGAUGUGUAUAUAUUAUAAAAAUGUUCUUAAACCACAUAAAUAGAUUAGGUAAACAAACUUUUAGGUUAUAUGGCAGCAAUGGUAUUCUACUUAAAAGUUGUUGUAUAAAAGAAUACUGUAUUGAAAAUAAAAACCCAUAUAAUUCUAGAAGACAAUUCUCUUUCCAGUCUUCAGUAGAAUCUCUAGCCAAAACUCAAACAGGAAUCUUUAAAUGGCUAUCAGAAAGUACUCCUGUAGAAUAUAUUCAAAAGUUUUUGCUAACUCUUCAUGACACUUCUGGUUUACCUUGGUGGGCAACGAUAGUAUGUGCUACAGUAUUACUUCGAAGUUGUGUUACUUUACCGCUAGCUGUUUAUCAAAAUUAUGUACUAGCGAAACUGCAAAAUUUGAAAUCCGAAAUGCCUGCUAUUGCCAAAGAAUUGCAAAAAGAGACUGCUGUGGCCAUAAAACUGUACAACUGGGAUGAAAAGAAGACCAAAAUGAUGUAUAAUAGAUCGAUUAGGAAACAAUGGAACAAUUUGAUCCUAAGGGAUAACUGCCAUCCUGCUAAAGCUAGCUUACUAGUAUUGUUCCAAAUUCCUAUGUGGAUUUCAUUGUCAGUUUCAUUGAGGAAUUUAGUUUACAUGCUUCCAUAUCAAGAUAUAAAUGCACAAGUAACAUUUGCUGAACUUAGUAUUGGUGGAUUGGGUUUUAUUCCUAAUUUAACAGAAGUGGAUGCUUCUUGGAUACUGCCUGUUAGUUUGGGAAUUAUAAAUUUGGCCAUUAUUGAGCUUCAAGGGUUAUCAAAAAUAAAUGAACCUAACAAACUUCAAAAAUUUCUUGUGAAUAUAUUCAGAGGUAUAAGUUUAGUAAUGAUUCCGGUAGCUGCAUCCGUACCCUCAAAAGAAAGUUUUUGCAAGAAAGGUCCCAGAUACAAAAUUCGUUAUUAAAAUAACAAAUAAUGAUUUAAAUCUGAAACCGUUCAUGGAACCACUUUCUGGUAACAUCCUUUAUCUCUGACUUUUACAAUUUAUAAGCCAAGAGACGACAAAUAAAGAGAAGCGAACAGGAUUCUACAAUAUGCAAUCACAUUUCGUUCUACUCGUCUAGGAAAAGAUCCGAAAGAUAGUUCCAAUACUCAAAACCUGAGUAAAGAUAAAGAUAAAAGUGAACGCAGUUUAUGUUUCCUCUCGAUCUCUAGACAGCUGUUCUUAGACUUCUAUUUCUGUUCUAUUAGUUAUUCUGUUAGCUGUUCUAAUUCUUAAACUUCUAAGAGACAGAAACAGCUUUGUAGAGAUGGUUUCUGUCUUUUCAACUUAAGAGGCAGAAACAGCUUUCUAAGGAUGGUGAAUAUCCUUUGAAUCUGAAGACGUCUAAGAGACAGAAACAUCUGUCUAGGGAUGGUGAAUAUCCUAUGGUCUGUCUGAAUCGAGAGGAAACGUAAACUGCGUUAACUUUAAAGCCUGAUUCUCAUUAGACGUGCAAGGAACCGGACCGGCAACGGCAAGUUUUUCGGAGCCAAUUCACACUGCGAAAGGCUUGCCGUGGGAUAGUUGCUUUGUGUAGUGAACAAUGUUCAAAACUUCCAGUUAAUAAAAAUUACUCUAAUAUUAGACGAAGAAACAGAAAAUGGAAAAAAAUAUUGCAGAAAUAGAAGAAUACGUUGUUGGUUUCUUAAAAUGGUAAAGAAACGCACAAAAGAAGGAGAAUUUUUGUAACCUUAUACUCUGAACUUUUAGACGAUCAGACAAAUUUUUUUAAAUAUAACCGAAUGACAGUAGAUAAAUUUAACAACUUAUGGCUGCAUAUUGAACCGCAAUAUUCAACCUAGUUCUUGAGUCACUCAUCAGAAAAAUCAAUGAAACACCAAGACAGUACAAAUUACUGCAUAUGGAGACGAUGUAGUUCUACACUUUAACACGACUAACUGAAGCGUUCAAAAACAUUGAUCCUGAAGCACGAAAAAGGGAGCUUUAAAUAAACGAAGCAAAAACGAAUUACAUGACCGUCAAAAUAACACCUGACAAUGAAAAUUAUCACAAUAGACAACUAUACCCUUGAACCUGUGGAUGCCUUCACAUAUCUAUCGAAAUUAGCACGUAUUUCCAGAGGGGAAUCGUACAUACUAUGCUAUUAAAAGAUUGAUGACAUCGAAAUUAUUAGACAAAAGAACCAAAAUGACUAUCUACAGAACAUUGAUUAGACCCGUAUGGUUGUGAAACCUGAGCAAUGAGCAGCAAAAAUACUGAGAAAAGUAUAUGGCCCGGUGAAAGAGGAAGACGGCACAUGGAGAAUCAGUAGAAACAACGAGGUUAAUGAAUUGAAUGGAGGUUACGAUAUUGUACAAUUUGUGAAAAGUCAAAGACUGUCAUGGCUGGGACUUGUGCAGAGAAAAACAAUGAGUAAACAACAAAGAAAAUAUUACAAUGGAAGCGGAUAGGAAGGCGAAAAAAAGAAAGGGCCAGAACGAGAGGGAUGGAUGACGUGGAAGACGACAUGAAAACCAUGAACGUGAGACAAUGGAGAAAAAGUACACAAGAGAAAUCCGAAUGGAAGGACAUAGCCAGACAGGCAAAGACCCAUCCAGAGUUAUGAUGCUAAAAGAAGAAGAAAAAUUGGCGCAUAUUGAGGGACCUCUUCAAAAACAAAAUACCUCUUUUCUCUAUCGUCUUUAUAAAAGUGAUUUUAAACAACCAAGAUUGCAGAUUGCUUGCCGGUAAGGUAUUCACAUUGUCAUGACCUUCACGGCACAUGCUAGGUAAAGAUUGUUUCGAAAAGAACGUCGCAUGCAAAGCCCGUCGCUUGCCGGUGCCUGGCACGCACAGUGUGAAUUUAAUCCCGUGAAGUUCAUAAGAUUUUAUGUAAAAUGUAUCUUGCCGAGCCGAUGCCUUGCCCAUGCCGAGCACUUGCCUUGCAUGAUAGUGAGAAUCAGCCUUUAUCUUUCUUUCACUUUUUCUGCUAUCAGGUUCAUCAUAUAGAUUUUUGCCCUGAAUUUUCUUUUCGCACUUUCACAUUCAGAAUUUAAUUUUUUGUGGUCCUCUCCGAUGUUCUUACUUCUUUUCACUUCUUACUGUAAUAUCCAACACAAGCAACUUAAUUGUACUGUCCCUCUUGUAAACGCCUUCACCAGCUCAAUACUACCUGUUAUACUUUUAACAUUCCAAGUCCAUAUUCUGAUUUUUCUUACUUUCAUUGUGUUCCCAGUAGGAUAUAAUUCUUAUCAAAAAUAGGAACGGAGGCUCAUCUUGCUUCCGGAAUAUUUCAAUCUCAGGAGAAUGCAUUAUUUCAGUAUAGUUGUUUUAAUAAAGUUUAAAAAAUUCAGUAUUUAUUAUUUAUUAGGUAGGUAUAUCCAAUUUUUACUGUAGAAGUAUGUCUCUUUGUUAUUUAGUUGUAGGUAUUUUUAUAACAGAUAACAAUUGUAAUAAAAAAAUAU